AUGGCUUCAGCAAAAACAUUCUCUCCUUCCUCUCCAUCAUCACAAUUUCAGCAUUUGAAAUUGUCAAAAAUUUGUUACUUCUCCACUUCACUAAAGCCACCACUAUGUUCCAUGAAUCCACUCAACAUCCACAACAGGUGCGAACUACACAUCUCCGCAAAGCUCUUCUGCAUGUCUUCCUUUCCUCAAAUACCCACUUCAAAUCUCUCCAAAACAAACAACAAAUUCACCAAAGUUUUGUCUGAUAAAGUACUGGUUUCCCUUGUUGGGGCCUUCAUUUUUUUUGGUUCUUUUGGUUUAAAUACUAGGCAAAGUUUGGCACUUGCUACUCAAACAAGUAGUUCUAGUGUGAAUUUAGAGGAAAAGAAAGAUACCCAGAUGGAGAAAAGUGAGGAUGAGGAGAUGUAUGAGAAGCUUUUGGAGAAGGAGCCAAGGAAUGUGGAGGCUUUGAAGGUGGUUGUGCAUGGGAAGAUGAGGAGAGGACAGAAUAAAGAGGCUGUGAAGUAUGUUGAGAGGUUGAUUGAUAUUGAGCCUGAGGAAGUUGAAUGGAGGCUUUUGGAGGCAUUUUGUUAUGAGAUGAUGGGGCAAUUGAGUAAAGCUAAAAGGCUGUUCAAGGAAAUCUUGGAAGAGAGACCUCUUUUGCUUAGAGCUUUGCACGGUCUGGCAUUGGUGAUGCACAAAAAUCUGGAAGGUCCAGCUGUCUUUGAGAUGCUGAAUAAAGCUCUAGAAGUUGCCCGUCGUGAAAAUAGAGUCACUGAGGAAAGAAACAUUAGAAUUCUAAUUGCACAAAUGCAUGCUGUAAAGGGGGAAUUGGAGGAGGCUUUGAAGAAAUUUCAAGGUCUGGUCAGUGACAACCCACGAGAUUUUCGGCCUUAUCUUUGCCAGGGAAUAAUCUACAGUCUGUUGGAUAGAAAAGAAGAAGCUGCAGAACAGUUUGAAACUUAUCGGAGUCUUGUGCCUGAAGAAUUUCCACAAAGGAUAUUUCUUGAUGAUGUUGUAUUGGAAGCAAAGACCAAGUCCCGCGAAAGGUUUCAAAAGGAAUUUCAAGCUGAAUUCACACACAGGAAGUAA